AUGACCCGGACUCUUUCUUCGGAGGGAUCAAGCGAAGGGAGCAAGAAACUUAUGCGGGAUAUCUGGUGGGAUGGAACGUUCGCGGAGUAUGCGAAGGUUCCAUUGGUGAAUUGUAUCCCGCUCGACGAAGCGAGACUCGACAAAGAAAUGGGGUAUUCACUGCAAGAUCUGGCGUAUAUGGCUUUUCCCCUUGUGCCCUACGGGUUUUAUGGGAGUUUGGGUGUACAGGUUGCGACUGCGAUGGGCGCGAGGGUUAUUGCCUUAGGACGGAACAGCGAACCUGGCGAGGUUGAAAGAGGAAGUGAGGAGCAGGUCGUCCGGAGCGAGAAUCGAGACGGUUCAGAUUACAGUGCUGAAUAUGACGCCGACAGAGGCGGCGAUGUCUACGCCCACGCGAAGCGCGAUUAUGGCGUUGCGUCGGGGUGA